ACCCGAGUUUUGAGCGAGGUGCAGUCUCAUGCACCCACCAGUUAGCCAGAGCUUUUAGCGGGACAGGCAGCAUCUCUGGAGAGAAGGAAUGGGUGGACGUUUCAGACCCUCAGACCCCCUAAAAUCCUGCUCUUCAGUAACCAGUGUUAGCGAGGAAACGUUUUGAACUAUAGUGAAGGUAUUUAAAUCCUGGCACCAUGGCAGAGACAAUCCAGGACAAACUGAAGAAUUAUAAGACUGCCCCUUUCGAUGCUAGGUUUCCCAAUCAAAACCAAACCAGGAACUGCUUCCAAAAUUACCUGGACUUCCAUCGUUGUACUAAAGCACUGACUGCAAGAGGUGUUGAUAUUUCUCCCUGUGAAUGGUACAACAGGGUGUUCAAGUCAAUCUGCCCAAAUUCAUGGAUAAAGAAAUGGGAUGAUCAAUUGGAGCAAGGCACAUUCCCUGGAAAAAUCUAAGUGAUCAUUGCAGCCAGGUUGAAAAAUCUUACAAUGUUUGCAAACGUUCAUCUUAUACCAAAAUAAAUCUGAAUAUUGAACAUA